GAGACAGAGAAGCAGUCCAGGGUUUGGGAUUACUUGGCUUUUUCUUCCCUGCUUUAUCUCCUUCACACCACCAUCUAGACCUAGCUGCUCUCUGCACUGAGCUCCUGUUCCUAACUUUCCACCUCUUCCAGGGAAUUGGAGAGACGAUUUAAGGCCACACAUAAGCUGCUGCCCAUGUAUCUGAAGUAAGAAACGUGAAAAGAUAUCAUUCUGGGAUGUAGUACAACCGCAUCUCCUCCUCAUUCGUUCCCUUCCAUCAUCCCUUUCCUCCCCGAAUUGUCCCAAAAGGGACUUCAGAGGAGUUGAGGUGGACAAAAUGAUUUUUUUAAGCCAAAAAAUAAAUAAGCCCUGCUUUUUCAUCCCCCUCCCUCUGGAUGUAUUCUGAUGGAAACAAAGAAUACAGAUAGAGUGAGAGAGCUGCUUCUGGAGACUUUAGAGACGGAGAAAGUAGGAGAGGGGAGGGGAACGGGAGAAAAGAGAAUCUGGAAGGAGGGAGGUGGGGGGAGGGCGGUGCGAGAGAGAGAAAAAAAAAAAAGAAGAGCCAAAGGGAGAGAGCGUAUUGUCAUGCAACAGUGGGUAUGUGUGAAGCAAAUCAAAGCCGAGCCUGCUCAGGAUUGGAAGCAGCUUUAAGUGGGUGACAGCCACUCGCUAUUUAGGCAGACUCGGUGGCAGUUGAGAAGCACACAUCUGCUACAGCUGCAGCAGCCUCCAGAGCCUUCACCACUGCAGCCUCGGGCAAAGCCACAGUUCUUUUCUCCUCCCUCUUUCCUGACUGCCCAGCUGAGAGCUUCACAUCUGGCUGACAGCAGGGGCUCCUGCAGCAUCUCUCUUCUCUUCAUCUCCUCUUCAUUGGUUCUCUUCUGUCACCUGCGGUCAGCCCAUUGAUGGGCCGUUUGCCGGCAUGAGUGGCCCCUCGACACUGGCCCCUGGGGUGGAGGAAGCCAUAACGACAGGAAUCAUUGGAUUUUGGACGGACUGGCCCAGGGCCCCCAAUGUCAGCCGCCCCCAGGGAAGUAUGAGCGGGGAGGAAGAUGAAGGAAGCGGGGCAGGGGGUGAGGCUGGAAUGAUAAUUAUACAGUCCAUCUAUGCACUGGUGUGCCUGGUGGGGCUGGUGGGUAAUGCCUUAGUUAUCUUUGUCAUUCUACGAUAUGCUAAGAUGAAGACCGCCACCAACAUCUACCUGUUGAAUCUGGCCAUUGCUGAUGAACUUUUUAUGCUCAGUGUGCCCUUUGUGGCCUCCUCUGCUGCCCUACGCCAUUGGCCCUUUGGCUCUGCCCUCUGCAGGACUGUGCUGAGUGUUGAUGGCCUCAAUAUGUUCACCAGUGUCUUCUGCCUGACAGUGCUCAGUGUAGACCGAUAUAUUGCUGUGGUGCACCCCCUGAGAGCUGCCACCUACCGAAGGCCCAGUGUGGCCAAGCUCAUCAAUGGAGGAGUGUGGCUAGCAUCCUUGCUGGUCACUCUGCCCAUUACCAUCUUUGCAGAUACAAAGCCCACUCGAGGGGGCCAGGCUGUGGCCUGCAACCUUCAUUGGCCUCACCCAGCCUGGUCUGCUGUCUUUGUGGUCUACACCUUUCUCCUGGGUUUCCUCCUUCCUGUCCUAGCCAUUGGCCUCUGUUAUCUGCUUAUUGUGGGCAAGAUGAGAGCAGUGGCCCUCAGGGCUGGAUGGCAGCAGAGACGCAGAUCAGAGAAGAAGAUCACCAGGUUGGUGCUCAUGGUGGUAGCUGUCUUUGUGCUUUGCUGGAUGCCUUUCUAUGUGGUACAGCUGCUGAACCUCUUUAUGCCUAGCCUGGAUGCCACUGCUAACCACGUGUCACUCAUCCUCAGUUAUGCUAACAGCUGUGCAAAUCCCAUUCUAUAUGGCUUCCUUUCAGAUAACUUCAGGCGUUCUUUCCAGAGGGUGCUCUGCCUUCGUUGUUGUCUCCUGGAUGCUGCUUCUGCUGCUGAGGAAGAACCACUGGACUACUAUGCUACAGCCCUCAAGAGCAAAGGGGGUGGGUGCAUGUGCCCAGCUCUGCCCUGUCAGCAGGAGCCUGUGCAUCCAGAACCCUGUGGCAAGCAUGGCACCCUUACCAGGACCACCACCUUCUAAAGAACAAACUUCUGCUUCUUGGUCCCACCUAUUACUUUUUCAGUCCUGGUUCAUUAUGCAGAGAUCAUCACCUUUCAAAGAGACCAUCCUCAUCAUGUCCCGUAAAACUGCCUCCUCCUUGAACAUCCCCUAAAACCUUGGACUUCUGGAGUGGCUAGACUUUCCCAAAAGACCAUCUCCUUUCUAGAUACUAAAGGACAUCUGCACCCUGCUGAGACCCUUUCCUCUCCCUAGAACCACAGUUUGCUAAAGGACAUCUCCAAUGGGGUAGGAUUCACUCAAUGCAUGGACCAUGGUGAUUAGCAUUCCUGUACCCUUGGAGUUUGUUUUAUUUUGGUUUUUGCAUUUUUAUUGGAAUGGGAUGGGAUGAAGGGGAAAUAAGAGAGUGCUAUAUCUGUGACUUGUUUCUCCAGCUUUCCUUUAGAAAGGAUAGAAAAAAAAAACAGUCAGGUGUCAGAAAGGAACCUGACCCUAGAUUCUGUCCUCAAAAUAAGAACUCUUUCCUUUUCUAUGGGCUAUGUCUUUCUUAUUGUAAUUUGGGUACAGUAUGAACUAUGUACAGAGAAAAAAAAGAAUACGAUAUUUCAGAAGACUCCUUUCCUAUUCCUCUGUUACCAAGUGAUAUUUAUUUACAAUAGUCUAGGAUACUCUCUUGUUUGCCUCUAGCCUUGGCAUGUAGUCAUAUCAUAAGUGACAUCUGUAUCACUCCUGGUCAAUAACAGGUUCUUUGUGACCAGAGUCAAUUUUGAAGCCAUGUAUUGUGGGGCUUAAUGUAAAACAUUGAGUUAGGCAAUAAUAAAAACAAUAGAGAGGAUAAAAUCUCACCUGGCUCUUGUGCCAUUAUUUAUUUACCAUUGUCCCUUUAGUGUGGGAAUUUGUCAUAUUUGUGAGGUAUGUAUUUGUAUUACUGCUAAGAGAGUAGCAAUGGGGAUGGGAAGGAAAAAUUAAAAUAGAAAAAGUAAUUGUUCUUAAGAAAGGAUGUAAAUGUGUAUGUAGAAGAAAGUUUAUCCUUUCUUCAUCAUUUGUUUGCUUGGGGGGGAGGUAACAGAGUUCAUUAACCAUUAGAAAAUACUUACAUAAUAAACCUUGACUCAAGCCUUAGAUCUAAAGAACCCCAAAAGACAUAAAUUCUUUCUUGCUAGAUCAAUUAGGGCUGACAGUUCUUGCAAUGGAAAUAGCCAAUUUGUGAAAAGUCUCAUUUCUGCUCAGUCAAAUCAAGAGAAGUCUGUAAUUUCUGAUAAUUGUUCUUUUUCUUAGAAGUCCAAAUAAAAAUGUUAUUUGUUAUUGAA